AGUCCAUCCUCCCCAUCAGCAGUCUGGUCAACAACAUUUCUCCUCAAGACCCUCCAGCAAACUUCACCGACUCUCUGCUUUUUAAAACACCGAUAUGGAUGCCCUCAGGUCGGCUGGGAGAGCUAUUAUCCGGAGCCCAAGUAUGGCGAAACAGUCCUGGACUGCCGGCAGACACAGAAAGCUUCCGGAGAACUGGACUGACACCCGGGAGACCAUCUUAGAGGGCAUGACCUUUAACCUGCGCCACCUCGGCAUGACACUAGUGGACCAGCCCAAGGGAGAGGACCUGUCGGCUGCUGCAGUAAAGAGGAUCGUUGCCACGGCUAAAGCCAGUGGGAAGAAGCCUCAGAAGGUUGCUCUGAAGGUUUCCCCUCAGGGAAUCGUCCUAUACGACAGCUUGACUAAUAAACUCCUGGAAAAUGUCUCCAUAUACAGGAUAUCCUACUGCACUGUGGACAAACUGCAUGAUAAAGUGUUUGCUUAUAUUGCUCAAAACACCCUCAAUGGGACCCUGGAGUGCCACGCCUACCUCUGCUCCAAGAGGAAAGUGGCUCAGGCAGUGGCUUUGACAGUAGCCCAGGCCUUCACAGUAGCGUUCGAGCUCUGGCAAGUAGCCAAAGAAGAGAAAGGGAGAAGAGCGAAGUCUGGUUCAGCUGGAGAGGCCAGCAGUAGUUCCCAUUCAGAGAGAUCGAACAGCUUGGGGAGCCUGAAAGGGACAGAUGUGGCCACAGACAACCUGUUGGACUUUGAGGACAGUGUGAACGCGGUAGUGGAGACCAACGGGAAUGUAGAGGAGGAUCAGCUGGAUAACCACAGGCCCUCUGAGACCAAUAAUAACCCUGCAUGGGAAAUAGAAGAUGAUUUGGAUGAAGCCUUCUCCAGCCUGGCAGUGUCGCGUACUAACCCCCAGGUCCUGGACAUUGGGGUGACGCCCCAGGACUGGCUCAUCGAACCCGACUGGGACAGCACCAAUGGAAACACUCCCAACAGUCUCAGCCCGUUCGGGGACGACGUCUUCAGCUUCUGACCAGCACAACACAGCAGAGAGAGUGAGGAGGGCUGUCGUUAUGUCUUCCUGUCAAUCAACAAGGCAUCACUGCGUAUUUAAAAUGAGGCUACAGUGCGUCCAUAAGGGAUUAAGUGUAGAGCUGUGACAUAACGUUUGGCCUCUCCUCACCUUGUUGCACUCUUCACAUGGACAGUUCUUCCCUUCUUAGUGGAAACGCACCAAAGCAAUAAUCUCAUCCUUUUAUUCCACUGCAGUCAUCCUCACAAACUCAAUGUUCAACUUCUGUCACCAUUUGUUGUACUUUAUUUGCUUACAUGCUUCUGUUUCAGUAGUUUUGGCACCAUAAUCAGUGUUUUGUAUAUGUGUUUAGUUAUAAUUUAUAGUUGUAUAAUUAUUUUUUUAUGGAUGAAGACAGGAGUAGUAUUUCUGUCAGACAGAUGUACAGACUGUAUCAACAGGCCUUAAUACCAGCAGGACAAUCAGCCACACUGUACCUUAAAGUUGAACCAAGUUCACCGGAUUUGAUUGACGUAGGAUUUGUCCCUCCACCACCUUGGAUGUAAACUGAAGAUUGUUUUGUGUCUAAAAUCUGAAAAUCAGUCUAGAUGAUGAUAUGAAGUCUUUGUAGCAGCGGCUCACUGUUGGUACUUUCACCGCAGUGUUAACAUUGUUCUCUUGACAGAAGUCCAGAUGUGUUCAAGGUUAGACUCCAUUGUGGCCAUUUCAUGUACACUGUAAUCUACCAGCAUUAUGCAGAAUUAAAUAUA